CUGCGCUUUCACCUGCGUCUGUCACAUCUGCGGUCUUGAAGAUGGCAUCAGUUCCAAAUCCUUCUACGCAUAGGGUACAGAUCUGACGCGAUUGUCUUCACCAGUCGUGGGACUAAUAGCCCGAGAACGUACGAAAUGGAAGACCGUGGAGGAAGAGAAGAGAAUUACCAUCGUCGCCAUGUCAAAGCCCCUCUCCACACCGCUCGCAGUAUUACCAGGCCUUCAUCAGUCUCUUUCAAACUCCGCCUACGACCAAGCUCUAGCUCAGUGUCAGACCACACCAUGUGUGUUGACCGAGCUGUCAACGAGCUCCGGGCAGCGCAGGGCACAACGACUACGGGUCGCAUUAUCAACAAGAUUUGCACGCAGCUCGCCAAUGAUAGAGCAACGACGCGUACAGAGCAACUGAUUUGGCUUGCGAAACAUGCUCUCGAUACAUCAGCAGCACCCAAGCGCGACACUGAUAGCAGCAAGGCCUCAGUAUACCAGGAGCCUCCAGAGAAGCGUCAAGAUGAGCAAAAGUCAGCCGCAUCUGAGGCGGACGGCAAAUGUUCUUAGGAAGGCGUUUCCGCAUGGCCGCAUAUGUGGUAGAUUUCCGGUUCAAGCACCUCUUUCCGAUCAUGAGCGCUCCUCUGUCGACAAGUAGUUUUCAGGG